CGUGUUGUUUAGCAGGCUGUUGCCGCCUACUAUUACUUAGUAUUUUUUUUAUAUCGUGUGUAAUAAUGGCUAAACUAUUAUGUAUAUUACUAGCAAUAUGCAUAUCUGGUGUUAUUUCUAAAAAAGCCGAUGAGAAACCAGAAUGGGCUAAGAAAGAUAUAACAGAUUUUACUGAAGCUGACAUGGAAAGAUUGCUAGAUCAAUGGGAAGAAGAUGAAGAGCCCCUCCCUGAAGACGAACUGCCAGAACACCUUCGAAAGCCACCGGCAAUAGACAUAACCAAAAUGGAUAUGUCGAAUCCAGAAGCAGUGUUAGAAGCCACUAAAAAAGGACAGACGGUAAUGAUGUUUGUUACGGUGGCUAAUAACCCCUCAAGAGCGCGUACAGACGAAUUGACCAAAAUAUGGCAAACAGGUCUGUGGAGUAACCACAUACAGGCAGAGAGGUACCUAAUCGCUGAUGACAGAGCCAUUUUCAUGUUUAAGGAUGGCUCUCAGGCAUGGACGGCUAAGAAGUAUCUCUUGGAACAAGAAGAACUGAAAGAUGUGCAAUUGGAGAGCCAAACAUAUCAGGGCACCAAGGCUGAAGUCAGAAACACUGCACUGAGGGAUGAAUUAUAAGAUGACUAGGUUAAAAUCUAUUCUUCCAUCAUAAGGGUGCAUUUAUACUGGAUCAACCAUUGACAGACAAAAUACAGUAGUUGAUGCUGUGCAAACAUGCAUAUACCAAUCUUUGGGUGCAUGGGAAGUGCAAAUGAGACUUUUUUUGCUUAUCACACUGGAAAAACCUCAAUCACACCGCAUAUACAGUGUAGAAUAGGUUUAACAAACUUCUAAAGACUAGAAGCAUCUGUAGACACCUUCAACUUUAUGAAGAGAUUUAUUUACUUUAAAAUAUGUAUGUAGAUGUGUCUUCUAUUUGCAUGAAUAUUUCUGUGUCAAUAAUAUU